GUGCCCCAGCACUAACCUCUGCCCCGCUGCCGCGAGGGCGCGCGGGAAAUCCCGAGUGCAUCUGUAAUCCCGCGGGCCGCUGGGGCCAUGGCCACCUCGUCGGUGUCCAAGGGCUGUUUUGUGUUUAAGCCAAACUUCAAGAAGAGAAAGAUCUCUGUGCCAAUAGAGGACUAUUUUAAUAAAGGGAAAGAUGAGUCUGAGGACAGUAAGCUUCGAUUUGAAACUUAUCAUUUGAUAUGGCAGCAGAUGAAAUGUGAAACUCAGCGACUCCAAGAGGAAUUAAAUAAAAACCUGUUUGACAGUCUGAUUGAAUUUCUGCAAAAGUCUCAUUCUGGAUUCCAGAAGAAUUCAAAAGACUGGGGCAGUCAAAUAAAACUCAGAGAAAUUCCAACUGCUGCUCUUGUUCUAGGUGUGAAUGUAACAGAUCAUGAUUUAACAUUCAGAAGUCUCACAGAAGCCCUUCAGAGUCAUGUCACACCAUAUGUAGUCUCACUGCAAUCUAAAGAUUGUCCGGAUUUGAAACAUUUUUUGCAAAAGCUUGUCUCACAGUUGAUGGACUGCUGUGUCGAUGUAGAAUCCAAAGAGGAGGAAAGCGCUCAGAAAAAGACACACUGUUCAAUGGAUUCUCUUUCCAGUUGGUAUACUAAUGUCACACAGAAGACAGACCCAAAAAUGCCAAGGAAAAAGAGGACUUCUAGCCAAUGGCAGUCUCCUCCUGUUGUGCUUAUCUUAAAGGAUAUGGAAAGCUUCACCACAAAAGUACUCCAAGACUUCAUAAUUAUCAGCAGUCAACAUCUACAUGAAUUUCCACUAAUACUCAUUUUUGGAAUCGCCACAUCUCCUAUUAUCAUCCAUCGGUUGCUUCCUCAUGCAGUGUCAUCUCUAUUGUGUAUAGAACUUUUCCAAUCUUUGUCUUGCAAGGAGCACCUGACUACAGUACUUGAUAAGCUACUUCUUACAACUCAGUUUCCCUUUAAGCUAAGUGAAAAAGUGUUACAGAUUCUGACCAAUAUCUUUUUGUAUCAUGAUUUCUCAAUUCAGAACUUUAUAAAAGGACUUCAGCUUUCUCUAUUAGAGCAUUUCUAUUCCCAGCCUCUCAGUGUUCUGUGCUGCAGUCUCCCAGAAGCCAAGAGAAGAAUACAUUCUUUAUCAGAUAAUCAAUGUGAAAACAUCCGACGUCUUCCAUCAUUUAGGAGGUACGUGGAAAAGCAAGCUUCAGAAAAGCAAGUUGCGCUAUUGACCGAUGAGAGAUUUUUGAAGGAGGAAGCACAAUCAUUACUAGAAAACCUGUAUGUUUACCAUACAAAUUACUUCCUGGUUUUGAGAUGUCUUCAUCAAUUCACCUCUUCUCUUCCCAAGUACCCAUUGGGUCGACAGAUCAGAGAGCUGUACUGCACAUGUUUGGAAAAGAACAUAUGGGAUUCAGAGGAGUAUGCAUCGGCCUUGCAGCUGCUGAGGAUGUUGGCAAAGGAUGAACUGAUGACCAUACUUGAAAAAUGUUUCAAGGUUUUUAAGUCCUCUUCUGAAAAGCAGCUUGGCAGCACAGCAAAGAAAAUAGAGGAGCUCCUGGCCCAGUUUCAGAGCCUUGAUGCAGAAGCCAAAGAGGAAGAAGAUACUUCUGGGUCACACUCAAAGGGGCUUCAGAAGACAGACCUCUAUCAUCUUCAGAAGUCCUUAUUGGAAAUGAAGGAGUUAAGAAGAACCAGUAAGAAACAGACCAAGUUUGAAGUACUCAGAGAAAAAGUUGUGAACUUCAUUGACAGUCUGGUGAGAGAGUAUCUUCUGCCCCCAGACACACAGCCUCUGCACGAGGCGGUGUACUUCAGUGCCGCCCACACGCUUCGUGAGCACCUGAAUGCUGCUCCGCGAGUAGCCCUUCACACCGCACUCAACAAUCCUUAUUAUUAUCUCAAGAACGAAGCACUGAAAAGUGAAGAAGGCUGCAUUCCAAAUGUUGCCCCCGACAUCUGCAUAGCAUAUAAACUGCACCUAGAGUGUAGCAGGCUGAUCAACCUCGUGGACUGGUCAGAGGCUUUUGCAACAGUUGUGACAGCUGCUGAAAAAAUGGAUGCUAAUUCUAUAACCUCAGAAGAAAGGAAUGAAAUUAUCCACCUCCAGUGCUCGGUUUAUUAGAGCUGUUUCUGAACUAGAACUUUUAGGAUUUAUAAAACCUACCAAACAGAAGACUGACCAUGUGGCAAGGCUAACAUGGGGAGGCUGCUAGAAGGCAAAUGAAUGAAACCAGAAGGAUCCCAUUUAGCUUAAGAGAAAAAGGAGACCAGCCAUAUUUACAUACCUCUAGAGGAAGACUGUUCUGGAAAGAAAUUAAAUGUGUAAUCCCCAUGUGAUAUUUGACAAGUAGACUGCUAACCCCCAACAGGAAUGUAUCAAAACACCUUUGGAGUACUUUAGAAUCCACUAAAUAAUUCACUUACAUUGUAACCAAAACCUCUCCUGUUACCACUAUAAUUUUCACAGCCAUUACUAAAUUAUGAAUAAAUUGUUUUUGAACAAAAUAAUGUAUAAAUGUAAUAAAUUCCUUUAUCCAGGAGUAUAAAUUA